UUGGGGGGGCGGGGGGGGGGGUGUGACACACGCUGUUGGAUGAGGGAAAACUGAUAACGCUUUAGGUCUUACCUAAAGGAAAAAAAAAAAAAACAACCAAACCCCACCAAAAACUACCAAAACAGGCAUGUAGUCCUAAUUCUACCUCAUUGCCUAAACCCUCCCCCGGCUGUCUCGCCCGCCCAGGCUCGGGUCAGAAGUGCCAGCGCGGGCAGAAGGACACGCGUGGUCCUUCCCGCGCAGGGGACAGCUCCGGGUGCUCAGCUCCGGUGUCACGGUUGCUCUUAAAAGUGAGGGCGCUAGUCUCAAAUAUUUUGGGAAAGCCCUUGCCUGCUCUUCCCCGUGGGGCUGGCCCGCUCGCCCCCCGCUUCGAGGAAUCAUUCGCAGCCCCCAGCCGCUCCUCUGCCGCCGGCGAACCGCAUUUUAAAUCCUCACAAAACAAAACCAAAACAAAACAAACCCCAAAACAAAAAAUAAAAAACGCGGUCCCCGUGGGGCGACGCUGCAAGGGAAAUCACCCACGCGUGCAACUGGUCCGACUCGAGCUAAACGAGGGGAAAACAACAACAACAAAAAAAAUCAACUAAACCGCCUCCAAAAAGCCCAGACCCGACCCGCCCCCCGCCACUGGGGCCGAGUUUUACGGCGGGGCGGAGGGAGCUUGGGCCUCCGAGGGGCUUGGUGGUUCGGUGACAAGGGGCGGGGGGGCGGCGGGCCCGGGGACGGGAAGGCCUCCUGAGGAGACCGGCGGCCCCGCGGCCCGGCCUAUCAGCGGCGCCCGUCCUUGGGCAGCCAAUCCCCGCGUCGCAUCUUGGGGCGCGCUGCCAUGGUUACGGCGAGACGCGGUGUCGCGGCCCAGCGCCGCCGCCAUGGCGGGCCCCGGCGGCCGGCGGUGUACCCUGGCUGAUUUCAGGUUAGGGCAAGGAACAGGAGCAAGUUCGGGCAGCCAAAGACGAGUGAGCAUCUUCAGUGGGCUCUACACAAAUAGAGCGGCGAGUCGCAGAAGCCUGUUCACAACUUUUGAUGGCAAAGCAGUGGCCAGAGCAUCCCUCGUGGGUAACGAGUGCGCCGUACGGGUUUUCGAUGACGAAGGAAAGGAUGUGACACCCCAUCCACUCUUCCAUUCAGAUCCAAAUACUGUUGUACCCAGGCAGGACAAGCUCUUGGUACCAAGUGCUUACUAUGGGGCCACAGGAUCUGGUUUUCUCUCUCCUUUCCCCGUGCAUCAGGCAUCGGGUGGGAAUGCUAGUUCAGGUUUGUUCUCAAGGACAUACGGAAGCAGCAGUACUUCUAUAUCAAGCACGUCGACAACUGAGUCCCUACUAGACGAAAUAGUAGAACCCGGCUCUCGACAAGACACAACUGUUAGCUUAUCUGAUGUGCAGGUGAGGCGAGAGGAGAUAAAAGAAGAACUGACAAAAGAAGACUUAGAUAGGAGAGUGGAUAUUUACCUCACAGAGACGGAAACUAUCUGGAUAUUGGAUAUGCCAUCUGUUGUGGUGUCUGUAGAAUCAGAAGAUGCUGGAAGAGUUCAGGAACGGAAUAGGAUUUAUGUUGACAUUUGCAAAAACAGACCUGGUAAUGAUCGCUUUGUAGAAAAAAUGAUGCAAACCAUUAAUGGAGCCACAAAGAACAAGGAAGUGCAAUGUGACAAAAUCAUCAUGGAAGAUAAAGGGAUGACGGUCACUUCCUGGGAGGUGUACGAUUCAUUUAAUGUGUCGGAAAUAGAACCUACAUCAAAAGCAGGAGGUAGCAGAGUCACAACGGGGAAAAGCAGCAAAGCUCAUACAACUAAAGAGCACAAUCAGGCUAUGUCUGUCUCUUCUGGCAGAGGCAGCACAACUUCUAAAAUUAUCUCGGGAAGCGCUGGUCUUGCCAGAAUCUACGGAGAGGAGAAAUGCCAUUCAGAAGCUAUAUUAACAUCAGAAAACUUUCAGCAGGAUUUAUUUUUCAUGGAGAGGAUUCUAAUGGAGAAUAUUUUUCAACCCAAACUUGCAGUUUAUCGGCAGCUUCCUGUCCUUAUAGAUCCUGACGUUACAGCAGACACUAGUGGUACAGUGGCAGCCACAAAAGAAGCUCAACAGGGAGAGCGUGAUGAGGAGAAGGCGGCUAAGGAAGAGCAGAAAGAAGCAUUCAUUGCCCCAUCAGUCCUGUUAGAUCUAAAUAAAACCCGAGAAGAAAUUGUACCUCCCAGGUUGGAACGGCUGUGGUCAUAUAUGUGUGAUUUAACUAACGGUCACAGUGUGAGCAGUAUGGCUUGGAGCAAAGUAAACCCGGACCUUUUAGCUGUUGGCUACGGAGCAUUUGAUUUUAAAGGACAGAAGAAAGGCUUGGCUUGCUGUUGGUCAUUGAAGAACCCCAUGUGGCCGGAGCGUAUUUUCCAGUGCGAGCAUGGUGUCACAGCUUUGGAUUUUUCUGCAGCAAGCCCAAAUCAUCUAGCAGUUGGAAUGUACGAUGGUUCUGUCGCAAUCUAUAACGUACGGAGUUGUAACGCCGCCGCACUUUUGGACAGCAGUGAAUCCUCAAAUAAACAUACGGGCCCAGUAUGGCAACUGAGGUGGGUGGAACAGGACAGAGAUGCAACAGGAGAUGGCAAAAAAGAGAGGUUAAUGUGUAUCUCAGCAGAUGGCCGGAUAACCGAGUGGCUUAUACAGAAAAGACUAGAUUGCACUGAUCUGAUGAAAAUAAAGCGAACAGAAAGUAAGAAGAAAAAAUUACCAGGUGAGAAAGAAAGGAAAAGUGAAGCUCUGAUAUUGCAACAGGCAGCUGGAAUGUGCUUUGACUUCCACCCGAAGGACACGAAUUUCUAUCUUGCUGGAACAGAAGAGGGUCAUAUCCACAAGUGUUCUUGUUCAUGCAAUGAGCAGUUUCUAGAGACAUACAGAGGCCAUAAGGGUCCUGUGUACAAAGUCGCUUGGAAUCCCUUCAGCACUGACAUGUUCCUAAGCUGCUCUGCAGACUGGAGCAUUAUUUUAUGGCACCAGGAUUCACAGACGCCCAUGCUGACUUUCACUUCCAUCCCUUGUUUUGUUCAUGACAUUAUGUGGUCUCCAAAAUCAGCCUUCGUGUUCGCAGCAGCGAAUGAAACCCGCGUAGAAAUUUGGGACCUUGGUGUCAGCAUCUUGAGCCCCGUCAUCUCUCGCUUGGCCAACCCAGGAGCAAAAUUCACAUCCGUGCUCUUUGCCGAGAGCACCGACUGCCUCCUGGCCGGGGACAGCAACGGGGAAGUCGGAGUGUUCGAGCUGCGGAACCUGGCUGCUCCCAGCAGCCCUCAGGUUGAUACCCUAUGUGACGUAAUUGGUCCUGCUGUAGCUGUUUAACAGUAGCUAAACGAUACCCCUUCUCAGUUGACAAACAGCAAGAAAUACUUGGCGUAGUCUUAACAUCAACCAUUUAUUCUUUUCCAAUCAUUAAAAUUUCUCCUUGAAACCAUGCUGGUUAGAAACUUCUUUCAAAUGCUCUAAAUUUCCCCCUGGAAGCCCCCCUCAUUAGACAAACUAGUAAUACACAGAUGACCUUCCCUGUAAUACAGAAAUGUCUCCGUAUUCUUUUCUCCUUGGGUUUUUUUUCUCCUCGGAUUUUUCCCUCCUCUGAUUUUUUCCUCCAAAGUCUUUUCUCCUUGGGUUACUCAAAAAGCAAAAAUGCCAAAAAUCUCCCCCUGUAUGGGCCACUCCAUAGCACAGCCGACGUCCUUACGCGCUGCAGUCUGUAUCUUCCCUGCGGAAUCGUGCAGUAAAUGAACCCACUUCUCAUCAGAGCCAUCCUGGUCUGUCACCCCACCAACCGCUGCUGCGGGCGACAGCCGAGCUUCCAGGGGCAUCAGGGGCUCCUGCGGAUCAUCCCACACCACGCUAAAGCAGCGACCCGCUUUUUCAACCCCUGACAAAUCAGGAUAAUGUAAAACUGCAGUUUAAAUUCACCCUCUUCCAACCUGAGGCUUUUCUGAAAGCUCCUCACACGAGCUAACAGGGUGGUCCUGGAGCGGGGACUGACUUUUGCAGCUCUGGAGGCUGGAUUUGUGUUUUUGGGGGUCUCACCACCUCCCCUUAGCCCAGUGCUGGCAGCUGGAGAGCCGGGAGCUGCUGGGGACACUCGCUGGGGCCGGCACAGCUGGUUGGAAGCCGGCAGCGCUCGGCUGUCUAGACCAGCUUUUUGGGGCCCAGAUCAGAAGAAACGGCAAAAAGCACCCAGUGAGCCACCAGUCGGACCGCAGGGUGUUUGAGGAUUUUCAGGGACUGACUGCUCACCGAAGAGAUGGAGCGUCUCCACAGAUGAGUAAUUAAGACUAAUGAUCCAGGCUGCAGGCCUACCGCCUGAGCAGUGCAAAACCCACAAAAUAUACAAAAUCAUACGAUACAAAAGCUCGGCAGUAAAGCGCUCCGACGGAGGCAAUAGCUGCCUGCUCCUGAAAGCACGAUGUAGCAAGACGUCUGUUUUAUAGAUACAGAAUGUUCAGACACUUUCAUUAGCCUGACAAUAAACGUCCAACGUUUAAACACA